AUGAAGAUUUCAAAGGCCAUUGCAAAACAAGUGAAGGGAGCUAAGGACAAAAUGUUGUCCCUGCCCCCCAAGAAGAGGGACAUGGCAUCCGAAGCAGAUGGAAAAAGAAUAUGUAAUACCUGUGUAGAAGAAUCUAGUGUUGGCUCGUCAGACGAGCCCAUUGUUUUUGACCCUACUAGUACGGGUAUUACUAAUCCUCAGAUUGCCACGUUCGGGGAUUUCCUUGCUUGCAUAAACAAUCAUGACCUCAGAGGUGCCACACUGUUGUUGACUGAUGAUGCGGCUUUUGUGUUCCGUGCUUUGGAUGGCAGCUUUGUGCAUGAAAUGGCCUGGGAAGACUUUGCAGAGGAAUCCAAGAAACUCUCCGACUCAUUCCCCGACUUCUCAAUCAAGCACAAGUCAGUCAGCCAGGGCAAGGACGGUGUCCUAAAAAUCCAUCAUGCUAUUGCCAGUGGUACUCAUUCAGGGGCCCCUUAUGGUGUUGGUCCAUUCCCUCCCAUUGAAGCUAGCAACACUCGAGUUGUGAAUGACCCUGAAGAUAUGCACAUUACUUUUCACGACGGCAGAAUUCAAAAGAUUGAAUGGUUUGCCAAAGGAGAGAAUGUGGGCCCAGCUGGAUUAUACACUCAGAUUGGAGGGUUUCCGCUUGUUUGA